CCCCGUAAAACUCGGAUCUCCGCUUGCCGGCCUCGGCCCGGCUCGUCGCGGCUCCCCUCAUCAGUACCAAGCCGACGAUCGGACCGUUCGCAUCCGCUGCUCUGUCCGCCGUGUCUCCACGCGUUCCCACUCCGAUUUCCUUCCUUUUUUCUUUCAUUUCUCUUCCUUUUCAAUGAUUUUUAAAUAACGUGGAGUUGAGACGAAUCGUUGUAAUCGUCGAUUAACGAAGAUCCACAACCUUCCGUCACCUUCCAAUAAUUAUUUCAUUCGUUUGCCACCAUUGCUGACAAAAGAAUUUAUCCCUCAAGUGCGAGACCCAGAAUUUAUCAACAGUGAGGUGAAACAAUAAAAACGUUGGACGACCAAGUCCGGGCGAACUCGCUCAGAAAUAUUCGCUCAAGGAUUAACAGUUUAUUUUUCCGCUUUUUUUCGAAGCAUUCUCUGUGUUGAAACCGCGAUCAAAAGUCAAACUUGACUCGGGACUGUUUCCUACUGUCGCAGAAUGGUGACGUUUUUUUUCCAGCAAUGUAGAAAGGAAAAAAGGCAUUAGGGAUGGUGGUUGGAGAUUCUAUCGCGAGAAUAAAUUGACCAAGUGCUCAAAAGGACGAGGAUUUUUCUUCCUCGAUUGGGAGCAUCCCUUUUGUUCGUUUGUGCGAAGGGGCAGGACGAAAAGGAGAGUAACUUCGAGUUUUCUUCUCCCGAUUAUCGCCUCGGAUUAUAAGAACGCUUCGUUGCUCACCCCUGAACGAAGGGCUCGAGAAUCUUCCUAGUUUCGCUCUCCAACGACCACGGGAUUUUCAGAUGAGCUGGUUGAACAAAUAAAUAAAGUCAAGACAUACUUUAACGUGGGUGAAUGUUACUGACGAAAAAGGAUCUCGUGACUGUGCUUCAUUUAGUACAUUUGUGAAUCAUUUACCAUCGAUAUCAAAUUUAUUUAACGGUGCAUCAACUUUGUGGAGAUUUUUUAACACCGAGAGAAGCUUGGAUAUCAAUUACAAAUAACUGAAUAACUCUGCGGGAAGAGCGUGAUGAUGCAGCCGGCGCAGAGGCCGCCCGUGAUAUUCUGUUAGCCGGGUUGAGCGAGCGAGAUUGCCUCCUCUCGCGGAAGGAAGUCGAUCCACGAGGGUAGUGAGAGGGAAAGAGGAGCUCGGCGUUCGCUCGCCGGGCGAAUGAAAAUGGCCUCGAUCUUGGGAGAUGCUACGGGCCCCGGGGCUCCGGGAUUACCAACGAGAUGUUUACUUCUCCUGCAGAGAUCAUUGGCAAUCCAGCUGAGUCGCGGUCCACCCCCGCACUCGCUAAACACCGGACAACAGCACGAGACUGCUAAGGAACAUCCGGCCGACGAGAUGUGGAUGUACGACAAGGGCUACAAUCUCUUCCAGGGUUUUUUGGAAGCAAAUUCAAAGUGUUGGUGGAACGCUGCCCUGAUUGACGCGACUCGUCAACUGAGGUACAAGGGUCACGUAUCACCGGGUGUACUAAUGGUCGGCGGACCGCCCUGUGCCCUCGAGGUUCUCAGGGCUGCCUGGUCCCGGAACGUCCUCAGACCGCCUGCCGACCACGCCAUCACCUGUCUCGGCGAUAUUGAAGACUGUCUGGUAGCUCCGGUAUCCCAGGGCCAGUUCACACCUCUACCGGAAGCCCUUUGCUGGGCGAUCCUCGAGCUGACGUCACAAAGGCAAGCGGCAACACUCGACACUCUGAGAUCCGCAUUGAGAAAUGCAUUUCCUACGAUGCAACGACCGAAUCGGGAGCUCGUUUACGAUGCCCUGGCUAAGCUAAUGCAGGAACGAAAGAUCUAUCACACGUCGCAGGGUUACUUCGUCGUUACGCCUGAGACGAGAAGGCUCAGACGCGAUUCCGGUAGCUCGAGAAGAAACUCACGAGAGCUAACCGGUUGUCGUGGUCAGGGUGGUAUGCUCAUGAGCAACGACGAGGCGAUGGCGCUCGUUCAUGGCGAAAUGCUCACACUCAGGGACGGAAAUGUCACGCAUCAGGCCGUCCAGACCAAUCUCGCUGAUGUCAUUUGCGGAGGCAACCCGAACGACAAGGUGCUGUUCGCGCGAUGCAGAUCGGUACCGGGACGCCUCGAAAGGCGGCAUUCCCUCCGACUAUGGGGCUCGGCGAGACGCCUUCACAGAAGCGGAAGUUCACGGUCACUGCCGCGAAGGCCGGAUCGAAGCGAUACAUCGUCGAGCGCCGAGUACGCGAGCACGGACAGCACGCCCCACAGUCCGACGAGUUUGUCGGGUAUAUUUUCAGAAAAAAUAAGCCUCUUAUCGAGGCUCUUUCGACGGAGCACGAGGCGGAAGGGGACACCAUUGAUGGGGACUUUCAGCGCCCAAUAUCCACCCACGGAAUGGUUCAAUCCGCGUGUUGUACAUUUGCACAGUGUCGCGACUCAAACUAGAGCAGCAAGUCCAUCGAUGCUCGAAGGUCUGGACCAGUCGCAGGCAAGUUUUCAGGUCUGGGACGACUCGAGUUCGGUACGCUCAGCGACAUUGCCGAGACGGCACAGGCGUCAGCCGAGCGGGGAUUCCUCGAGCUUGUUGGCGAAUUCGACACCCAGAAGCUCGCGAAGGCACCGAUCGCCGUGCUCGACUUUGCCACGAUCGAAAUGUUCCAGUCUGAGCAGAUGCACAUCCCGAGCCUCGGUGAUGCCGCAGAGCGCGAAUCAAGAGCCUUAUCAAACACGGGGACAGAUGCAAAAUGGCAAACACUCGACAAACUCGUCGCCGAGUCGAAGCGGCGGCAGCUCCGGUUCCGUCAGGGCGACCAAUGGCGGCAGCCCAGCCAAAACGGCGACUCUCGGUCGAUCGAGCACAAGGCACAGCUCGAGGAGACCGAGUCACGACUCGAGCGGAAGUGGCACCAAAUCUACGAAUGGCUCGCCACAACACAAGAUCCUCCAGAAGACUUGUUCGGGCCACUCGACCCACUCGAGCGGAAAAUCAAUAUCGAGCAGUAAGCUUUCGUCGUCGCCAUUGAAAACGAGUAAAUUAACGAGCAGCGUGCAAUCGUCGCCGUUGAAGGUGAUUCAGCAGGGUGCAUUGACGCCGCUCCAAGAGGCGCAAAACUCGAUAACUCUUCAAGUUUCGACGAAUUUGAGUCCUGCGAGUACGCCGCAGGAGCAGCAGCAGCAGCAGCGUGCCAUACAGAGCAGCGUAACAUUGGCUUCGAACGCAUCGAGCACGACGACGAUAUCGGGUUCCCCGGGUACGAAGAUUUACGUGCAUCAGAACAAUUCUCCGAUGCGUUCGGUCAUUACUUUUGAGAACGGUACGACGAAAUCAGGCUCAAACGGAACGACGUCGUCGAAUCCUGAGAAAGAUUCGGCGAAGACGAAGCAGGACAAGCAGGAGCGGGAGCUCGUGAGCGAGAAAAAUCACAAAUCAAGACUGGAAGAUGAAAAGUUAUUUAACGGGAAGAGCGAGGAGGAAAAAAAUCGUAAAGGUAGCAAAUUGGAUGAGUGGAAAGUAACGAAACCGGAAAGACCAUCGUCCUUGUACACGAGCAGCAAAGACUCGAAGCCAAGCUCAGCCGAAUCGGAUAAGGAGAACAAGCCCAAAGUCGAGGACGAAGCACCAAACAAAUUGAAGCUGACCAACCGUCUGAACAACAGCCAAGCACACUUGAUGGACGGCAUGGCCAUCGUAGACAAAAAUUCUCUCGUCAACACCAACGAAAAUCCACCGGUCAAUUUACCGACGACCAAAAACACCAACGACGCUAUGAACAAUUCGAGGAAACUCAGCCUUUCCCUGUCGAAGGAUGCUCUUAGUUAUCGCAACCUGCUUCGCCCCGGAUCGAAGAAUAAUAUAUCGUCGAAUCCUCCUUCGCCGACCAAAUCGUUCGACGGUUUUGGCGGCUCCUUCAACAACGUUUACAUCGAGAACCUCGAGAGCGGCAAACAGCGAAGAGCGCCUCAGGGCUCCGAGCCGAAUCUCGAGAAGACCGUGAGUCGCGGGGAUUUGUACUCAUAUCCGAGUCUCAGCGACAUGCAAGUACAAUUCACGAGUCUCGCAGCCCAGAAGAUUCUCAAAGGAUGCCCGAUCAACAGCGUCGACACGCUCGUCGAGGUCAACAUGGCAGCUGCUGAGAAGCCUAACAAUCGUGACGUCACCGUCCACACGGAUUUCGGGCUAGUUUGAUUUUUAAUCCCCUCUUUUAUUCUCCUGAGAGCUAAAGUCACGAGCCCGGCGCCACGACUUUUGAGCCAGUGGCGUUUCUCCUUCUGCUUCCUGAGUCGAACACACGUCGACCAUCAAUAUAAUCCUCGGUCUCAAACUAGUUGCUGGUAAAACAUAUAAUUCGUGUAAAAAGCCUUGGAAACAGCAACGAAAAUUUCGUUUCCGACGUGUGUUCGACUGUGAGAACAACAAAAAUUCCAAGUUCCACCACAUCAAAGAGACACUGCGCGAGUAACACUUUCUACGAAAUCGGUUGCCACUUUGUGGAACGACGAAAGUAACGCUAAAAUUAGCAACUUGACGAGCGCAUCAAAUUAUUUACGUUAUUUAAUGUCUUUGUUAACUGUAACCACAAUCAAACGGAGUCACCUUAGACGCGCAAGUGUCAAAACCUCUAAUAAAAUAUACGUUUGUAGAAUGUGUUGUUUGUAACGAACAAAAAAAAAAAAAAAACAACUCAAGCGACCGGCCAGAAAAACUGUUUUCGAGCUUCUUUCCAACAUCGAAUAUUAUUAAAAUAUUGAAUAUGUAUUAUUAUCAUUAGCAUAAUAUAAUAUACCGAGUCUCGAAUAUUUCGAGCACUGCCAUUUUAACAUUUCCAACGAAUUUUCCAUUUUUAUCUUUCAAUAUUAGCCCCCGUUGUCCCCCUUCAAAGAUCCGUUCGAUCGAUCCCCGUGGAGUUUCGAUCGAUCCGAUCAUUUUAUCGAGCUUCCGAAAUAAUUCUCGAGCGAUCUGCAUCGAAUUCAAUGAAUAAACGAUAAUUCUACGAUUUAUCUUCUUACCUUUACAGCGAUGUGAACUGAAAUUUUCCCAACCCAACGAAAGACAAUCGUGGACAAGUUUUUUUUUUCUUUCGUCAUUUCUCGCAGCUUUGCGUCGCUUUACUCCGAUAAAGUGUCACUCGUUAAAGCUUCACUUCGGGUGGAACACGAACCGCCAAUCAUUUUCGUUUUAAGUUCUUUCGUUUUUUUUUUUUUCAAUUUUUUUUUUAUCACUAAAACUAAUGUCAACUGGGAAGUGUAUAUUAUUUCAUCGCGAUAUGUGAUGGCAGAGAUUUCAUCGGGAAUUAAAGUCGAAAUUUCACGUCGGAAUCACCACGCCAGACUCGAGAAAACUGUACACGUUUGACUGAACGUCAUACAAAAAGUUUAUCUUCCGUUUGAGCGGUGUACGAUGAAAACGUGCAUGUAACAUAAACGAAGAGCAAAUCAAUUCUAGAAAUAGAUCUAUUAAUUCUAUACAUAUAUAAAUUUAUAUACAUAUAAAUAUAUACCUAUAUAUACCAACAAAUAAUAGAGGCAUCUAUUCGCAUAAUGGCUCAAAGUCAAUUUUUUUAUUUUUAUUUUUAUGUUUAUUUUUUUUUUUUUUUUUUUCAUAAAUGAAUAUAUAAAUAUACAUAUUUUGUUUGUUUGAUGAAAGUAUGUGUACGACUUUUGUAACGCUAGUGCGAUCGUGAAUCUUGUAUCCAAGUGCCAAAACCAUAGAACUGUAAUUCGAUUGCCUUUUAUAGGGUCUCGCGUGAUGGAACGAGGGAUGGAAACUCGUUCUUAAGGAUGAGAUCCCCGAUUCUAAGAUUAUCAUUUGAGAAUCGAGCGACGCACAUUGUCAUAGAUGAACGAUGAAGUAUUGAUUAUUGAUCGUUCGAAAUAUUACCACGUACGAGGUAGCGGAGGUCAAAUUAAGAUUAGGGUUAGAAUGAUGACACGCUUUGUAAAUGCAUACGAUGGAAUCGAGUAAUAAGUCGCUGGCGUUAUCGCCUUCGUUAUAUCUUCGUCGAUCGUAUCUUUGUUCAUUACCUUGUUCGUUGAACAGCCUUUUUAAUCGAUAAUACGAAACUAACUUGUAGUAUCGCAUUGUAUAAUCAUCAUUUUUAAACUUACCAAUAAAACGAAAACAAAUAUACGAUAUUAAAAAAAAUGGAA